AUGGUCCUCCUUGAGCAGAUCCAGCAAUUGGCCCAGCAUUUGUGGCCAAUCCUCCUCCUUGGAUUUCUCAUUGCAAGACUUUUGAUCAACAAAUAUGGGGGGAAUCUAAAUUCAAUUCCAGGUCCUUUCUUCGCCGGCUUCACGAACCUUUGGCGUGUUUUCAAUAGCCUCCUCUCCAACCCAACCGAGACACAGAUCCAGCUACACCGAAAGUUCAACUCUCGUUUCGUGAGAAUUGGUCCUCGGGUUGUGUCUAUAUCCGACCCUGACCUCAUACCUACCAUCUAUGGAACCAAGUCAGACUUUACGAAGACCAAGUUCUAUUCAGUCGCCGAACUGAUGUAUGAGGGCAGGUGCACACCAGGUCUGUUUGAGAGUUACGAUGAGGCCUACCAUGCCCAGAUCAGGAAGCCUAUCGUGAAUGCCUACAGUAUGACAACAAUACUUGAUUUUGAGCCUGCGGUGGAUUCGACAACUUCGUUGCUCAUAUCGAAAUUGGACUGCUUCGUUGCUUCCAAAAAGCCCCUGGAUCUGGAAGUGUGGCUACACCGCUACGCGUUUGAUGUCAUAGGCGAGAUCGUGUUCAGCAAGAAGAUCGGCUUUCUCGAAACGGAAACCGAUGUAGAGUCUAUCAUGUCUGGCAUCCGAUUCUUUACCAAGUACUUUGAGUUCGCCGGGCAGAUCCCAAUCGUGGACCGAUUUCUAUUGAAGAAUCCUCUCGUGCUGAGAUACGGGCCGAGCAAUCCGAUAGUGACAUUCACACUGAAUCGGAUGAAAGACAGGGCUGCCUGGAGAGCAAAUGGGGGUCACACAAAACGCGACUUUCUCGAGAGAUGUUUUGAAGCCCAAGAAAAAUACCCAGAAACGGUGACGGACAGGAUGAUCAUGCUUUACAACUUUGACAACAUUGCUGCCGGAUCCGACACGACCGCAUUGACCCUGACUUCGGUCUUUUAUUAUCUCCUCAAGAGCCCGGUGUGUUUGCAAAAGGCUGUCGACGAGAUAGAGUCUGCGGAUAAGGAGGGCUGGCUGAGCGAACAGGUCACCUGGCAUGAGGCGAGCAAGCUGUCUUAUCUACAAGCCUGCGUAAAGGAAGCGAUACGCAAGUUCUACUUCCUCCUGGUCUCCCCAGAGACUGAUAUUGACAAUUGUGGCACUAAGCUAGACGGCCACUACUUUCCCGAAGGAACAACCGUGGGAGUGAACGCAUGGGUCACAGCCCGGAAUAAAGAAGUCUAUGGCGAGGACUGCGACAGUUUCAGGCCAGAGCGAUGGCUGGAAGCAUCGGAGGAACAACUUGCGGCCAUGGAGAGAGCCAACUUCGCAUUUGGUUAUGGCCAGCGUGGAUGCUUGGGCAAGAAUAUUGCCUUGUUGGAGACUUUGAAGCUGGUGCCGCAGCUGCUUCGUCGGUACACGUUCUCAUUCGCCCGUCCCGACCUGGAAUGGAGAGUCCGCGGUGGCUGGAUGGUAUGGCAAGACGGUGUAGACGUCGUUCUCAGCGAACGCAAAUCAGGAUCAGACUAG